AUGUCCUCUACCAGUGGUAAGGAUCAAGAUCCUAUUGACUGGAAGUACCCAUAUUGGGACGGUGAUUGGUUGACUUUUCAGGACUAUGCUUUGAGGGUUGAACUCAAAGCUGAUGCGACCAAACCAGAGGAAUUAGAACAGUUAGGACCAAGACUAGCUGGCAACUUGGUUGGAAAGGCCUUUGAGAGCAUCGUUGACAUUAGCAGACCUGACUUGAAAACCAAAACGGGUUGGAAGUUCCUGCUUCAACACCUGGAGAAGAAGAGAGGCAAGGAGAAGGUGGAUAUCUUAGGUGAUUCAUUCACAGAUUUCUUCAUUCGCAAAGAUGCUCAGCGAAGGGAUGGAGAAGAACUGAGUGAUUAUGCUUUGAGAUUUACCUCCCUUGUCAGAAAGCUGGACCGUGCCCUCAAAGAGUCAGGAGCAGAAGGAAAGAUUCCUCAAGAACUCUACGGAUGGUUCCUCUUGAAUGUGUACAUGAGAAUGGAAGCGUCUGACGUCGCCAACGUCAGGGGAAGAGCUGAUUCGUAUCGACUUGAACAUGUACUACAAGCUUUGAACCGCAUGUGGAGUGGAGGAGGUUUGUCAGUGAAAGAUGCAGAGAAGAAAAGACGAAAUGGAGGACAGACCUUCAUGAUGGAUCACCUCGAUGAAGAGGAAGAAGAGACCUAUGAGACGGAAGAGAUCUAUGUCAAUGAAGAGGACAACUACGAGAUGGUAGCUGCGGCCGAAUGGUUUCAUGAGAUCAAUGCUGCUUUCAUGGAAAACCCUGACGAUGAACAGAUCUUUGCAUCAUAUCAAGAAGCCAGAAUGGCGAGAGGAUACUACCCGGUGAAGAAUCCCAACCAGAACUUCACUUCGAAAGGCCAAAAAGGCAAGGGUUUUGGCAAAAACUAUGGAAAAGGGAAAGGCAGUUCUGGAAAUGGAAAACAUGUGACCUUCGACCACUCCAACAAGACGUGUCUUCGAUGUGGAAAGCUGGGCCACAUAGCUCAGAACUGUCCACAGAGACCCCAAAAUACGCCAGGAACUUCACAUGGCAACAAUGGCAAGAUCGGUUUUGUCGGCACAGUGUUCAUGAACCAAGGAGAAGUCGAUGACAGUGGCGACUACUGGACCAUUGACUACCAGCUGGGUCAAUGCCAUCGACAUCAUGUGCAACCUCGAAAGCGACUUUAUCUACCUGAAGAAGGAAAAUGUCCCAUAUCAUGUGAGAUGCUGGAGAACCGUCGAACCACCGAAAUGCAGUUCGACGUGGGAGAAGGGAAGAACCAGAUCCAUGAUGAGUGGGAUCAAGAGUCGGCGGCGUAUCUCACGACGAGCAGAAGAUGGAGGGGUACAACAACCUUCUACUUUGCUGCGGUUGAGAAGGGUGAGAUCAACUUCAGCGAUGACAAACAGGCAGAACAGGAAAGCCAUGAGGAUGAACCGACAAAAGCCGAGGACACUGAAGAGGUCUAUGGCAUCCAUGGAAGACACCCACUUUUGGGCAAAGCCAUCUUGGACAGUGGAGCCACAGAUAGCAUUAUUGGUGUGGACACCCUUCAGGACUUGGCUGGCGUAUAUGAAGACAUGGGGUUCAAGCCGGAGAAGGAGAUCGAAGUGGAUCGUUCGGUCCACAAGAACUUCAUCUUCGGAAACAACCAAAGCAGCUCAGCUUUGGGUCUCUCACACAUCAAUGCGGGAUUGUGUGGAAAGGAGAUCAAUGUGCAGGCCCAUGUUGUGGAGGGAGCAACACCUUUCCUGCUUUCAUCCAAAUUCCUGUAUGACACGAAGGCCACUAUCAAUUUCAGGACAGGGAUGGCGGUGUUCAAAGCCAUCUCAGAUGAACAUGUGAAGUUGGAGAGAAGUCCAGGACAUCAUCUCCUACUACCAGUCACGGCCUUUGGUGGAAAUGGGAAAGUGCUUCAAGCCAUGCAGGCAGACCAACGCGAUGAACAUGUCAAAGAGAUGAGUGAAGAAGGAGAGGAGGAUCAACAGGAGGAACAACCAGUGAUAGAUCUGGAUGGUAGCCAAGAGAUGGAGGAACAGGAAGGAGGGCUCGAGAAAAACAAACAGUGCCUCCCGAAUUUCUUGGACCAAGAAAGGAUCCACCCCGAGACGCACAUGGCGACUCACAACAAAGACCUGAAACAGCUGUUCGAAGCGGUGGUCAAGAAGAAGCAGGGGCAGAAAGAACUCGAUCUCGAACACCUACCUCUGGCAGAAUACGGAGAGAUGAAAAUGACAGUCGGCGAACGCUACAAGGGAGUGGCAUUCAAGGAGAUCUACAACGACCAAGGAUACAACAAAUGGGUGGUGGAUCACUACCAAGAAGAUGGCCGAGACUCCUUCAAAAGCGGAGACCUUCCAUUGAAAUCCAAGACCUUGAAGAAGGAGGUGAAUCCAGCGAAGGAGACACCCGACGAGACCAUGAGCAUCAACAAGAGGAUUCAUCAGGAGGAGGAGUCGGAGAUGGGAUCUCACUGGACAAGAGUCGAAGAAGUCGAAUCCGAGGUGAUCCAAAUGAAGCAUCGUCUCAGCAACAUGGAGAACAUGAUGGAGAAGUUCUUGCAUCACAUUCAGGACAAGCAGUGA